GUGACCCAACUCGGCGGGGCCUGGGUCUCCCGGGUGCACGGCCACGUGCGACUGCUGCUGCUUCCGAUUGGCUUGGUUGGGCCAAUUUGAACGGCGUACGGGAGCCGCCGCGGCUCAUGUGGGGCCGCGUUUGUGUAUGUAUGAGUGUGUGGUUCUUUUUUUUUUUUUUUUUAAUUCCCUCGCUUUGGCUCCCUCCUUCCGCGCGAGUCUCACGAGAAGCCGCAGCACAAGGCGCCGCCGCUGCUGCCUCGGGCCGGCUUGCCUUGCACCAUGGACUGGCAGCCAGACGAGCAGGGUCUGCAGCAGGUCCUACAGCUGCUUAAAGACUCGCAGUCACCCAAUACAGCCACUCAGCGAAUCGUGCAGGAUAAACUCAAACAACUGAACCAGUUUCCCGACUUCAACAACUACCUGAUCUUUGUCCUGACCAGACUCAAGUCAGAAGAUGAGCCUACUCGCUCUCUCAGCGGCCUCAUCCUCAAGAACAAUGUGAAGGCGCAUUACCAGAGCUUCCCGCCGCCUGUGGCGGACUUCAUCAAGCAGGAGUGUCUGAACAACAUCGGAGAUGCCUCAUCCCUCAUCCGAGCCACCAUAGGCAUUCUCAUCACCACCAUCGCUUCCAAGGGUGAGCUGCAGAUGUGGCCUGAGCUGCUGCCCCAGCUGUGCAACCUGCUCAACUCGGAGGAUUACAACACAUGUGAGGGAGCCUUUGGCGCCCUGCAGAAGAUCUGUGAAGACUCGUCUGAGCUCCUGGAUAGCGAUGCCCUCAACAGGCCCCUCAACAUCAUGAUCCCCAAGUUCCUGCAGUUCUUCAAGCACUGCAGCCCCAAGAUCCGGUCCCAUGCCAUCGCCUGUGUGAACCAGUUCAUCAUGGACCGGGCCCAGGCGCUGAUGGACAAUAUUGACACUUUCAUUGAGCACCUGUUUGCCCUGGCUGUGGACGAUGACCCUGAGGUGCGGAAGAAUGUGUGCCGCGCCCUGGUGAUGCUGCUGGAAGUGCGAAUCGACAGGCUUAUCCCCCACAUGCAUAGCAUCAUCCAGUAUAUGCUGCAGAGGACCCAGGACCAUGACGAGAAUGUGGCCCUUGAGGCCUGUGAGUUCUGGCUGACGCUGGCCGAACAGCCCAUCUGCAAGGACGUCCUGGCCUCCCACCUGGUCCAGUUGAUCCCUAUCCUGGUGAAUGGGAUGAAGUACUCGGAAAUCGACAUUAUCCUGCUCAAGGGAGAUGUGGAAGAGGACGAGGCAGUCCCCGACAGCGAGCAGGACAUUAAGCCCCGCUUCCACAAGUCGCGCACGGUGACACUGCCCCACGAGGCCGAGAGGCCUGACGGCUCUGAGGAUGCUGAGGAUGACGAUGACGAUGAUGCUUUAUCGGACUGGAAUCUGAGAAAGUGCUCCGCGGCUGCACUGGAUGUCUUGGCCAAUGUCUUCCGGGAGGAACUAUUGCCCCACCUCCUUCCCCUGCUCAAGGGCCUCCUCUUUCACCCUGAAUGGGUCGUCAAGGAGUCGGGCAUCCUAGUGCUGGGCGCCAUCGCUGAAGGCUGUAUGCAGGGCAUGGUACCCUACCUUCCCGAGCUGAUCCCACACCUCAUCCAGUGCCUGUCGGACAAGAAGGCCCUGGUUCGUUCCAUUGCCUGCUGGACGCUGAGUCGCUACGCCCACUGGGUGGUCAGCCAGCCGCCAGACAUGCACCUCAAGCCUCUGAUGACAGAACUGCUCAAGCGCAUCCUAGAUGGCAACAAGAGGGUGCAGGAGGCAGCCUGCAGUGCCUUUGCCACCCUGGAGGAGGAGGCCUGCACAGAGCUGGUGCCCUACCUCAGCUAUAUCCUGGACACUCUUGUCUUUGCCUUUGGCAAGUACCAGCAUAAGAACCUGCUCAUCCUCUAUGAUGCCAUCGGCACCCUGGCUGACUCUGUGGGCCACCAUCUCAACCAGCCGGAAUACAUCCAGAAGCUGAUGCCUCCGCUCAUCCAGAAGUGGAACGAGCUCAAGGAUGAAGACAAGGACCUCUUUCCUCUGCUGGAGUGUCUGUCAUCCGUGGCCACUGCCCUGCAGAGCGGCUUCCUGCCCUACUGCGAGCCUGUCUACCAGCGCUGCGUCACCCUAGUGCAGAAGACACUGGCCCAGGCCAUGAUGUAUACCCAGCACCCUGAGCAGUACGAGGCUCCCGAUAAGGACUUUAUGAUCGUGGCACUAGACCUGCUCAGCGGCCUGGCCGAGGGCCUGGGUGGUCACGUGGAGCAGCUGGUGGCCCGAAGCAACAUCAUGACACUGCUGUUCCAGUGCAUGCAGGACUCGAUGCCUGAAGUUCGGCAGAGCUCCUUUGCCCUCCUGGGAGACCUCACCAAAGCCUGCUUCAUCCACGUCAAGCCCUGUAUUGCUGAGUUCAUGCCCAUCCUGGGCACCAACCUGAACCCUGAGUUCAUCUCUGUCUGCAACAAUGCCACCUGGGCCAUUGGCGAGAUCUGCAUGCAGAUGGGGGCAGAGAUGCAGCCCUACGUGCAGAUGGUCCUCAACAACCUGGUGGAGAUCAUUAACCGGCCCAACACACCCAAGACCCUGCUGGAAAAUACAGGUCGCCUGACGAGUCCCUCUGCCAUUCCAGCCAUUACCAUCGGCCGCCUGGGCUACGUGUGCCCACAGGAGGUGGCACCCAUGCUGCAGCAGUUCAUCCGGCCUUGGUGCACAUCCCUCAGGAACAUCAGGGACAAUGAGGAGAAGGACUCAGCCUUCCGAGGCAUCUGCAUGAUGAUAGGCGUCAACCCCGGGGGCGUCGUGCAGGACUUUAUUUUCUUCUGCGAUGCUGUAGCCUCCUGGGUGAGCCCCAAGGAUGACCUUCGGGACAUGUUUUAUAAGAUUCUCCAUGGCUUCAAAGACCAAGUUGGAGAGGAAAACUGGCAGCAGUUCUCAGAGCAGUUCCCGCCGUUGCUCAAGGAGAGGUUGGCUGCCUUCUACGGGGUCUAGAGGAGCAUUGAGACUGCCGGUUUCUGUCUGCGUCGUCAUCGGAGGGGUGGCUGGGGAGCACACCGCGUCCAGAAGUUGCCGUGCCCUGGUCAAGGGGGGUUAGGGAGGAGUGAGUGGGACCCAAAUCCAGAUGCCUUCCCUGCCCAUCUACCUGCCAUGCCUGGCCUGUGUGGCUGGCAGUGGUGGGCAGGUGGGUGGGGCCUCCACACUCGUCCUACAAAUGGGAGGGGGGUGGGACUUCUUGGCAGCAAGGGCCCCUUUCUCUAAGUAGGGUCACCCCAGGCAGCCCACACGGGCCAGCCAUGUGGGAGGGAAGAAUCAACACCGCCGACCGAAUCCAGCUUAGGGUGAGGCAGGGGGAAAGCAGGCGGGUAGGGGGGGUCCCUGUAGAGGUGCGGACACACACGUACACACGUGGCUACACGCAUGUGUGGGCGCUGCAGCCAGCUAGGCUGGGUCAGCUGCCCCACCAUUUCCCUGACUGCAUGGAGACAGUAGAAUUAGUGAACCCCUGAGUUAACCCAUGAGGCCUUCCGUGUAACCUGCAUCUAGAGUUUAAGACGCUUCAGCCGUUUUACCAGAAUUGAUGAUGAUUGGGGAGGGCUGGGUGGGUUGGGGUCCUUUGCUGGGAACCCAGGGCGGGAUAAGAGGAUGGCCACCUUGGGGCUGCCCUGUCAGCACACACACACACUUUGGACCUGCUCAGCACACUUCUGCCAGCUCUACGGCAGCCGCAGCCACCAUGUCCCUCUCCUUGUCUCAUCCCAGCCAGAAGAGUGGGGACCAGAGGAGUGGCUAGGGCUGGUCAGAGGUCUCCCUUCCUCCCUCCCUUGUGCUCCAGUGACAUGAAGACACUGGGCUGGGGCCUUUUUCUGGAAGAGAGCUGCAGUGGCCAGAGCGGCUGACACCUACCCCUGCCUCUUUCCACAAGCGUGUCCAUUUAAAGGGCAGUCUGUUUCUCUGUGCUCCUGAGAGUCCUCCUCAAGUUCCAGGCCCAAGUUUUUAUAAUAAGGGCUGGGGCAUUUAAUUGAUGUUGAUGAGACAAAAGCUUAUGCUUUGCCAGCAAGAAGGAAAGCAAGGGCUUAGAGGAGGAGUGGUGAGGCCCUGAGUCUUCCUGUUCAUCACUGCUCCCAGCGGACCCAAGAGCCUACCAGAUUGGGGCAGUGAUUCUAGGGAUCCUUCUGGGAUUGGCCAGGGAUAUGGUCACAGUGAGAGAGGAUCCCCUAGAACUAGAGGGAAUGUGAUUCUGAGUUGGCCUAGAAAUGAAGCUGGGCCCUGCAGCCCCCCUAAUGUUUUCUUUUUUCUCCUCCCCUGCUUUUUACUUUAGGGAUCCCUUUAGGGGCUUUGGGGGGGGUCUGAUGAUUCCUGCAUCUUGGGGCCUGCUCCAUCCAUCCCACUGGGUUCUUGGACCCUGCCCCCAUCAUAGUCCUGUGUCUUCUCAGACAGGGUCAGGCCCUGCCUCUAUUCCAAGGGGCACUUGGUGCACAUUCCAUAAACUCAGCUGGUUCCCCCUCCCCCUUGAAACUCCAGCAGGUCUCUGGAAGCCAUUUGUAAAAAAGAAAAAAGAAAAAAAAAUUUUAAUACCAUUUAAUUUCCUGGUAAUUCCAAUUCUUUGGAGCAUCCUCUGCUGGGUCUUGGGGUGUGUGGACUGGAUUGGCUGGCUGAUGGGUUUGGAAACUCCUCCACCCAGGAUGAGGGUCUCCAAUUGCCUUCAGGGAAGUGGGAGUCUGGUUCAUUGUCUUAUUUUUUUUUUUAACUAUUUAAUUUUAAUUUAUUUUUGGUUGAUUUUUGCACAACGAAGUUGUAGCUUCUCACCCUCCCCUGCCCUGGGCUGUGGACCCUGACUGGCCUCGAUCCACAGUCCCACUUGCUCCCAUGUCCCUCCUUCCCCUUCACCCUCUUCCUCCUGCGGGCUCCAGGGUCUGUCCAUUUGUUACCGUGCUGUGCUGGGGAUUGGCGCCGAGGUGGCGUGAGAUUCCACUUGUGUAGAACUUUGUUGAGUAAAGAUCAGUUUCUUGUGAAA